AUGGAGGUUGAGUUUAUUUGGAAGACCACUGAAGACCAUUGGGACAACACCAACACACCAGACAAUACUUGGGAGGAAAAGCCAUCGCCAAAACAAGGGCUGCGUUACAUGCGUAUAAAUCUUACUCUAGACUCUCGAACGAUGGCCAUGCACGCUAAAGGGUCUCGUGUUCUCACCGUUUUCUCUGGACUUCGCUCCCAGCACAGGCCGCGGCCUAGCUCCUCCCGCACAUCCCCGGUCUUUCCUGACGGCCGCCUCCGCCCCGCACCGCCCCCUCCCCGGCAUAUCGCCGCUCCCCUCACCCUCCUCGGUCUCAUGCCGCCUCCAUUGCGCUUCGCGGCCAACAUCUCAUGGUUAUUCCCGGACAUCCCCACGCUCCCCGGGAGGAUCAGGGCGGCGGGCCGGGCCGGGUUCCGGGCGGUGGAGGUGGCCUGGCCCUAUGGAGCGGACCCCGGGGAGAUGAAGGCCGCUCUAGGGGAGAGUAAUGCGGAAUUGGUGCUGCUGAACACCCCUCCAGGAGAUGUUUCAGCUGGAGAGCUGGGGCUUGGCGCUGUACCCGGGAGACAAGAUGGAUUCCGUACCGGUCUACACCAGGCGGUCACCUGGGCACAAGAUCUGGGCUGUACGAGGAUACACAUCAUGGCGGGGCGGGUGCCCACAGGCAUUGACAGGUCGUCCGUUGAGAAGGAGAUGGAGGAGACGUUCAUAGAGAACCUGAUAUACGCAGCUGACAUAUUGGAUCGGGCCGGGAUGGUCGGUCUGAUUGAACCUAUAAACUGCCGAAUUACAGAGCCGCGAUAUUUCCUGAACACCCCGCAGCAGGGGGCCUCGAUCUUACAGAAAGUUGGGAGAUCCAAUGUGAAGAUGCAGAUGGAUCUUUACCAUUGGCAGAUAAUGGAUGGAAAUCUGACAGAGAACAUUAAGACGUAUUUUCCGCUGAUUGGUCACGUACAGGUCGCUCAGGUCCCUCAUCGCAACGAGCCGGACAGUCCGGGAGAGCUGAACUUCACCUAUCUCUAUGACCUCCUGCAGGAACUUGGCUACCAGGGCUACAUCGGAUGUGAAUACAAACCGCGAGGAGAUACGGCGGCCGGACUCGGCUGGUUAGAAGAUUACCGCAGGCGAAGUGACCGUCGGGACCCAGAAAAAUAAACAAGAAGGAGAAAGUCAGCAAAACUUAAUUCAGUUUCUGUCAUUUGUUAUCUGUUCUCGGGAAAGUUGGGAGAAGAGCAACAUGUCCAUUAUUACAGCUUCUGUAGAGUUUAUAACCCAGCUCUUCCAGGAUACUUUGCAGCUUAUAUACCUAGUGGUGUUUCCCAGUGUGCCUCCAG